AUGUCAUGUUCCUAUGUAUUGGCAAGUCAUACCGAGAUUGUUCUAUGGCUUGAUACAUGUGUAACAAGAUCUAGAAGAACACUUAUUGUGACAGGAAGCAAAGACAAUAGUGUUAGGUUAUGGGACUCCGAGAGCAGAAGUUGCAUUGGGGUUGGCACCUAUCAUACCGGAGCUGUUGGAGCUGUUGCUUUUUCAAAGAGCAAGCGGAACUUCUUUGUUAGUGGUAGUAGUGACCGUACCCUCAAAGUGUGGAGUUUAGAUAGUCUUGCUGAUGAUGCGGAAGAAGCUUCUAAUUUGAAAGCAAAAGCAGUUGUAGCAGCCCACGAGAAGGAUAUAAAUUCUUUGGCUGUUGCACCAACAGCAUGUCUUAUUAUGUAUAUGUUCUCCACAGAUGCGCCACUGUUUGCGUAG